AUGCCCGGGUCGUCGCGAACCUACGACACCCCCGCGGUGCUCAGCCCGCUCCUCCGCCGGACGGAGGCCGAUCCGCGGCCGGUUGUAGUCAUGACUUGUGGCAUUGCCGGCUCCGGCAAAUCCUCGCUCUCCAAAUGGAUAACAACACACCACCCAUCGUUCAAACGCCUCUCCAUCGACAGCUACAUCUACACGCACCACGGACUGUACAACAUCGACUACCCCAAGGAAAAAUACAACGAGUACCAAGAGGAAGCCGAAGCCGCGCUGCGCGCCGAGCUCCCGCGCCUGAUCCAGCAGGGAACGCACGACGCGAUCCUCGACUUCUCCUUUGCGUUCCAGGCCACGCGCGAGGAGUGGAAGGAGCUUAUUGAAGAGGCGGGUGGGCGGUGGGUCCUGGCGUAUUUGGAGGUCGAGGACGAUGAGUUGAGGCGGAGGGUGAGGGAGAGGAAUGCGCUCGCGGUCAAGGAUGGGGAUUCGGCGUUUGUGGUUACGGAGCAGGUGCUUGAGAGCUUUCUGUUGGGGUUUGAGAGGCCCGAUGGCGAGGACGAGGUGAUUCUUAGGCUGGGGGAGGAGUUUAAGCCGGGGGGUCCGGGGUGA